AUUCUCUCUUGUCAGCUUGAGCAAGCUUGAGCUUGCCUGCUGCGCCUGGCACGCUUGUCGUAUCGCCUGCAUUGUGUCUCCGCAACUCCAGCUCGAGAGUUGCUAGAGAGCAGUGAGCCAAUCACAACGGAGAAUUCUUCCCGGCAUUGGUCGGCCAUCUUUCCGCUCUGCCUGCCUACUUCUUGCUUGCUUGGUUUCUGAUCACACGAGUGGUCAAUGAGGCAUCAAGUUCAAGAAGAGAUUAGCUUUCAGAUUGGUCAGGGAAUGCCGUGCGAUGCUGAACGAUUCGACGCAAAUUGUGAGCGAGUGACAGCCUGAGGUCACACACUCGUUGCUGAGUCAAGUUCCUAUUCGCACUCGUCAAAAUGGGGCCCGACUUGAUGAAUAACUGUCGGAUCUGUCUGAUGGAGAACAACAUCAUGAUCCCGAUCUUCGGCGAGGAUGGUGCUUACCGAAAGAUCAGGGAAAUGAUCAGGGAUUCUCUGAACAUCACGGUAUUCCAAGGGGAUCCUCUUCCCCGCAAAAUCUGCUGCAAAUGCUAUUUUAAGUUGCAACAAGCGUGUCAGUUGAAGGCUGAUUGCCAGAGGACUACCAAGUUUUACAUUAGUAAUCUGAAUGGACAACGUUCUCCAGAUGCAAUCAGAGCAGUAAAAACGCUCAACCAUCAGCUGAAUAUUUUGCAGGGAACUGCUUACAUCUCCCAUGCUCAUCACAAAGAUCAAGAAGGGGCUGGUCCAUCCCGAAACCUAACCUCAAACCAAGAUCAUUCACAGGCAAUAAGGGCUACCCUAACAAUUGAUUUGCGUGACAGUGGAACUAACUCUUCAGCUGCUCAUUACAUAUGCGAGCUCUGCGACAAAACGUUUUCUGAGAAGCAUCAAAUUGCGAUUCACAAGCAUGCUAUGCACGGCUUGCAGCUGCUCAUCCAGGUUAGAGAGCCAGCUUUGCUGACGCCACCUUCAACAGAGCAAGAUGCCGACGCGACGAACGCUCAAAUAGGAAACAUCGUUCCUCCUGCACCUGUUGUUCAGCCACAUGGAUCUGAGGCGCAGGUUGUUGAAGAUGUCGACAGAAACAUUGCUCCAACUGAUGAUAAGGAUAAGGAUGAUGACGGCGGAGAUGCUGUUGCCCCACCUUCUCCUCUUGCACCCUCUGUGGAAGACAUGGACGUGGGAGAGAAUUCUUCGACAAAUCAAGUGGUUAUUGUUGAUGACGAAAUUGAUGAUAUCGGUGUAGAAGAUACUGAGGAUGCUGCCAAUGCGAAGAGCAUGGAAACCUCAAAUGGCAGAAGCGACACAAACAAGCAAAGACUCCCAGCAGAGGAUAAGGAGCGAAUGAAAACCCAACCAAUGGUUGUACUUGCCAAGCUAAAAGGUCAUUCUGUUGAGAAACCAGCGCCUGACAAAAUCAAGAAGGUCUCAGACCGAAAGUCAUCCAAGCUCAAGAGGGAGAUGAGGCUCCUAGAAACAAAUUCAAGCAUGAGGGUUGAUCCUGAUGAAAUUGAAAUUAUUACAAGUCGGAAGAGAACCAACUCUUUGUCAUCAAACUCUCAUCAAGUUCCCAGUAAAAUGAGGAAAAAACUGGAGAAGAUCAAGGUUGAGUUUAUGGGAAGUGACGAAGACGAACCGUCGUCAAUGCAAAUGCAAAGAUCCUGCUCUUCUACCAUAACUUCUACUCCAAAGGUUACUCAUCAGGCAAGCAGACUAUCACUAUCUAAAAAAACUAAGGAGCCCAGUCUCAUCGGUGUGGAGAUAAACGAUAAGGACUUGCAGUUGGUUCAAGGGAAGCUCGAAUGCGUCUACUGCUUCUCCUGGAUUAAGAUGGACGAUGUGGACAGAUACUUCAGACACAUGAGGACUCAUCAUCCUCAAGUCCAGGAAGAUGGGUGGGCUGUUAAGCCUCCUGAGAGCUCCAACUUCAACCAAAUGUCUCCAGAGAGAGAAAACUUAAACAUCUCAGCUGUUAAUUUACAGACAACAGGCCCAUCUAGCUCAGGGGCAGCGAUGAACUCAAGCCUCCAAAUGAUGCAAUGCCAAUUUUGUGACAAAACCUUCAAGCUGCUCAUCCAACUAAAACACCAUCUUGAUUCCGAGCACGACAUGAAGUACUGCUGUGACACUGCCUUCAGCAAGGACAGCUACCUUGAUCACAAAGCUCAGCAUGAGCUAAAUGGCAACGGGAACACUAACAGAAGCUUGGAAGAGGAGGAUGCUCUGGAUGUAAUGAUUGAUAGCAAGCAAAAGAAGGCUGAAGAGAAAGAAGUAAAAAACACCAGUUCCAAGGGGAAGGACGUACUUCCUAAAUAUCCAAGCAAAUGCGUCAGGUGCAUCUAUGUGGGCACCGAACAAGCGUUGUACAAACACUAUCGAGAAUUUCAUAAUAAUUAUUGGUGUGUUGGCUGCAAGUCCAUUUUCCCUGACCUAAACGCACUGGAGGACCACUUCAACAGUGAGCACACCAUGGAGUACAUCUGGUUGUUCAAGAGUGGGGACAAGGAAGAAUCAAACGACAUGUGCAUUUGCACAAUUUGCAAACUUGACUGUAAAGUCAAGGAACACCUGCUGAAGCAUUAUAAGAUGGACCACGGCAAACUAGCCUGCUUCAUUUGCACCAAGCCUUUUGACACAAAUAAUGAAAGGAACAAGCACGGCAAAAAAUGCAAGGAAAGAAAAUGCUCAGUUUGUCAAAAGAAGUUUCCCCUCUCUGUGCAGUUAGUGCUGCAUCGGCUUGAACACAUUCACCUCGGCGAGCUGGAGGACACGCGUGAAAAUGCGAUGAUAGCCGAUGAAAAGUCAAAUGAAGGCAACCAGAAGGUCAAGAAAACUGAGGAUCAAGUCGGGAAAGGUGUCGACAAGACCAAAGACAUUAAGGUAGAACAAGUUGCCUCCAGGUGUGAUACCUGCCAAGUAGAAUUUGCUGGUCCAAGAUUGUUGGCGCAGCAUGUUAGGAAGCAUCACACACCAAAAAGGGAGAAAAAGUCUAAGACGCAGAACAAAUCCAAGUGCAAAACGUGUAACAGGGAGUUCAUGAACGCCACCUGUAUGAGUUUUCACGAGUGCAAGAAAGCAGAAAAAGGGAAUCAAAGCAGCUCUAAGGAAGCAGGAAUUAUUAAACAAAGCAGCACUGAGGAAAAUUACAUCAGCUGUGGGUAUUGCGAUCUCUCUUUCAAGUCUACACAAGAGCUCCAAAAACAUGCUGAAUCGCACCUAACUAUGUAGCAUAAUUAGUCUCCAGCCAUCACUAGACUGAGCAAGUAACCAAUAUCAGAAAAAUUUAUUGAAUGAGUUGUCGCAUUGCAGACAAUUUAGCUCUGAAUAGUCUUGAGCCGAUUGUAAAAAGUUCAUUCAAACAAUGGCUAGUCUUUGUUUCUGAAUAUUACACUGGAAAUAACAAACUUUUGCUAGCAGUCAUGAAGUUCCUACUAAGAAAACAAGGUAUUAGACUUAUUAGUGUAUUAAACCCUUUUUGAAAGGGAGGAUGCUUGGAUGAAGAGAUUUUGAAGUGCCUUGUUGCAUUACUAACUUUGAUUAAAUUAUUUAUGUAUUACCAAGGAAAUUGUAAUUGUCUAAUGAUCAUGGUGCCUUUUCCAUCACGUUCAAGAAUCAAGCACCGCCCGUGUGCCACAGGUUGUCUUUGGUUCUAUAAAAGUGGACUGAAAAAUGGCUUGAUUAUUUCCUUUGUCAGAUCGCAGGCAAGAUUAUGAGCACAUACAAAUGACAUUAAUUGGAAGGCUCUUUGUGUUAGCUGCACAAUGGACGCUUUUGUUCUGACGAAUCAGACAGGAUCAUUGCAGAGAUCCUGACUUUUAAUUUUCUAAUCGCUAAUUCUCAUUCCAAGCGUUUAUGCUAUGAAAUUAUUGAUAUGCAAAUAAAGGAAAUCAAAACUUAAAAGGACAAUCCUGCUAAUUACUGACAUUGAUUGACACUGAAAGGAGAUGAAUGUGCAGAACCAAAGGAGCGAUUUCCAUAGAUGGCAAAGAUAUUAGUGCCGUAAUUUUCCGCUGCAGAUUUAUUAUGUUUAUGCAUUGCGACAAUUGAAACGCUUUUAAUUCAGAGCUAAGUGUGGCACAUGGCGUUUUAAUUGCGUGCAACCUGUUUUUUUCACUCAAGUGUUCCACUUAAGAUGCUCAUGUAUGGUAUUUGUCGUUUUAAUUAGUCCAGCCAAGAAAAGGCAGAUUAAUGUGAAGUUCCUGUUUUGCAACAAUAUUAAUCAAUCGGGCCAUCUGUUAAGUACAGAGUGAAAAUAAAAUUCAGACUUGCUGUCAAAGGCAAGGUUGUUUGACA